CGGGCGAGCGCGGCCGCAGAGGGCGAGCGGCAGCGCGCGGCGGCGCGCGGCCGGAGCAGGAGGAGGGGCUGCGGCGCGGCUGGAGAGGGGGGGAGAGGCGGCUGGGACAGCGGCGCUCGUCAUGCUCCAGCUCUUCACCGCCGACGUCAUCGUCGUGUUGGUUGACCUCCUCCACGAGCGCGGCAGGCGGAGCAGCGGCGGGCGAGUGCGGCGGAGCGGGGGGCCUAGUCGGCGAGCGGCGGGGGGCAAGUACGGCUGCGGAGCAGCGGCAAGCGGUCAGCGGCAACCUCUUCGCCUAUGCGGCGCGCCACCCCCUCUCCCGCCGGCCUCAUCUCAGCCCUUGAUGCUGCCCUUCUUUUUCUUCUUCGGCCGCGAGGGCAUCGAAGGCGUUGAAGGAUCUCAUGCCGCCGCCGCCGCCGCCGCCCUCUUACCGGUGAAGAAGAGGUUGAUGGGCUCCUCGUCGUCGUCGUCAUCCUCGGGCAGGGUUGGUAGUGGAUGCAGAUGAGGUGUUCGAUGUAAUGCCGGGGUGGUUGUUUGGUGCAGCAGAAGGACAGCGGCGGCGGUUCAAGGCGAUCCUGCGGGCGACGAGCGGGCAGAGGAAGCGGCGCUUGACGUGAAGAGCUUCUCGCACGAGCUCAACAUGCGUGGGCCGCUCCUUCACCGGCUGCAGCAGCGGAAGCCGCGCGGGUGCGUGAACAGCCCGGAGGAGUUCAUCGGCGCCAUCAGGACCAAGUUCAUCAGGCUCAAGGAGGAGGUCGACGCCGAGCUCGGGGUGUUUGCCGGGGACCUCGUCGGCGCGCUCGACAAGGCCGACGGGGGCGAGGAGCGCGUCGUGCUCGAGGACCUACUCGUCGUCGCGCAGCGGUGUGCCAAGAUGAGCCCCGAGGAGCCCCGUCGCUGUCUGCUUGCUCCGCCCUCCGCCGCUCGCCCGCCGACGCCGCCGCUCCGCCUGCCUCCAGCCGCACGCCGCUGCUGCUCCCCCCGUCUGCGCCGAUUGCUGACUAGGAUUGUUGACCUCACUUUUUUUUGUCACUUACAUGCGGGCCCCACAUAUAUAUAUAUAUAAUUUUUUGCUGACUAGGAUGCCACGUCAGUAAAACCGGGCAAAAAUACUGCCGAGGAACCUCCGGUGAACGGUUUUAGUAAGUUUAGGGGUGAACAUUUCUUUCUUUCUGGUAUUGUGGUUGAGGGACCUUAAAAAAUAUCGCUGUCAAAUUAAGGGACCUCCGGUGAACUUAUUCCAAAAAAUUUCAGGAGCCCACAAUCUUGGCCUUUCCACGAGUAUGGCCCAUACAUUUUGGACCUCAAAAACCAGGCCUAAAUUUGGACCAGUGGAGAUGACGGCGGGCGUGUGGACGCUUCCUGAUCAAACGGGGCCGAGCAGUGGCAGCGGUCAAGCCACGGCCAUCCACUCGACUCCACCCUGAAAUGGCGCUCGCCGCUGCUCCCCUGCUCCGCCUCCCGAUCUCCCCACCCUCCCCACCGCCGGCGCAGACGCCGCCGCCUCUCCUGGCGUGUAACUCCGUCAACGGCGUCCGCCUUCGCCCUCAGCGCAGCAGGCAACCGCGCCGCGCCGCCGCGGCGGCGGCAACGGCUUCGCUGGCGGCGGACACGGAGCGGCGGAAGCACGAGCUGCUGCGGGCGGUGCAGGAGACGGGGAGGGGAUUCGCGGCGAGCCCCGACCAGCGCGCGUCCAUCGAGGAGGCCAUCGUGAGCGUGGAGGAGCUCGGCGCCGGGGAGGGGUCGCCGCUGGACCUCGCGGCGCUCGACGGCACGUGGAGGCUGUGCUACACCUCGGCGUCGGACGUGCGCGUGCUGUUCGAGGCCGCCGAGAGGCUCCCCCUCCUGCAGGUGGGGCAAAUAUACCAGAAAUUCGAAUGCAAGGAUAGGUCAGAUGGUGGGGUUGUGCGGAAUGUUGUGCGAUGGAGCAUUGAGAACUUGCUGGAGGAGCAAGAGGGUGCAACACUGAUGGUCUCUGCAAAAUUUGCUGUCAUGUCUAAGCGCAACAUCUUCCUUCAAUUUGAGGAGGUUGUUGUAGAAAAUAUCAAGAUUAGUGAGCAGCUACAAGCACUAAUAGCUCCUGCUAUACUCCCUCGGUCAUUUUUUAGUCUUCAGAUAUUGCAGUUCCUUAAAACUUUUCGAGCUCAAGUUCCUGUUAAUGGCCCUGAAAGGAGAUCACCCGGAGGACUAUAUUAUCUUUCUUACCUUGACCGCGAUAUGCUCCUGGGGCGAUCGGUUGGUGGUGGAGGAGUUUUUAUUUUCACAAGAGCACAGCCUCUUUUGUGAUGAUUUCAGAAUUACCAGGAGUAUACCAUUUGAAGGCGGCAAUUGAACCCAUGCAAGAGGUAUAUAUAGUUAGAAAGUUAGCAACACUUUACAAGUCCCUUUUUCAUAUGAAAUCUGAUUAUUGUCUUAUUAUCUCUUCUUCUUUUUUUUUGGGAAAAAAAAGAACUUGCAUGCCAAAACAAUCGUCAGUUUUAGUUCAGUUAGUUAGCACCUUCUCACUUUAUAUCUUGUGCAUUAGCAAACAUGUAUACAACACUGAAUGUAUUUUAUCUCAUCAGUUAUUUGUAUCAAUGCCACAUAACUCCAGCACUACCCUUUUAUUGCAUAGAGUUCUUCUGCCCCUUAGCAGGGAGUCUUCAACAUCUGUUGUCAAUGCUCAUGCAAUGUAAAAAAUUGUACCUAUCUGCAAAAUUAUAAUUGAUGUUGUUGGGCUUUGUUUUAGUUUAA